AUGAGGUCCGGCACGCCAAUGACCGGAAUGACCAAGGACAACUUCCCUCUCCCGAAGCUGGCGAAGAUGAUGAGCGAGAUUCGCGAAGACGUUCUCAAUGGCAAAGGGUUCAUCUUGAUGAAGGGCUUUCCGACCGAGGAAUGGGGCGUCGACAAAUCGGCUGUGGCUUAUGUUGGUUUGGGGACCUACCUCGGAUACUUCGUAUCUCAGAACGGCAAGGGCCAUAUCCUGGGCCAUGUGCAAGAUCUUGGCGACGAUCCGACUCAGAUUCAUCGUGUCCGGAUAUACAGGACGAAUGCACGCCGAUUCUUUCACGCAGAUACUUCUGAUGUCGUUGGCUUGUUGUGCAUCCAUCGGGCGCUUGAGGGUGGCGAGUCAGACAUCGCUUCAGUCCACCAUGUGUAUAACACACUUCAGCGGGAACGACCUGAUGUUGUCAAGACUUUGACAACGCCGAACUGGUACUUCGAUCGGAAGGGUGAAGUCAGUAAGGGCGAGGAGGAGUGA